AGUAACCAGAUAAGAAAAAGAAGACCUGACGUCACUUUUGCUGCUGUUUUGGCGGUAGUUUGAUUUUCACCGAAGCUUCAGACGGAAGAAAAACACUUCAAAUAUCGUCUAGCGAGUAUUUUAUCAUGGAGAGGUCCAGGAAGAGCUACGUGCCCAGCAGCCGGCUGUCCGAACUACCUCAGCGGGUGGCGGACAGCAACCGGAUGAGCAUGGCGUAUGCAACCCCGCAGAGCAAGUCCUUCGGGAAGCUGAACAUCCCCAAGCCUCCGUCCGUGUCCUCGGAUAGAAGAACUAGCUUCUUCGGUUCCAGGACCAGUGGUGCUGGCAUGGCCCGUAACAGCAUCUUCGGAGGAGCGGAGAAGAUCAAAGAUGUGAGGCCUCUUCAUGACAAGACCUUCGUACAGCAGUGCAUCAGACAGCUGUGUGAGUUCCUGCAGGAGAAGGGCUUCCCAGGCGCCGUAACAACCAAGUCCCUCCAGUCUCCGUCCACCAAGGAGUUCCUGAAGGUGUUUGAGUUCAUCUACUGCCUGCUGGACCCCACCUUUCACAUGCCCUCCUCCAAGGUGGAGGAGGAAGUGCCCAGGAUCCUCAAAGACCUGGGGUACCAGUUCGCCCUGUCUCAGAGCUCCAUGCUGCCCUCAGAGGAAGUCCUGAACAGGCAAGAUGCCUGGGCGGAGAUGAAGCUAGCAGAGUACCACAAACUGGCCCGGCAGCUCAAGCUGAUCCCUGCGUCGGCAGAGAACGCCUGUGGUCACGACUUCACCAUCAGCCCCUGCACCGAGCAGGGCCCCUCCUCCCUGGUGCACUACAAGACCCACAUCCAGAACCCCCUGAGGAAGCUGAUAAUCAACGUGGAGGAGGAGUCAAGUCGUUUGACCAAUAAGAAGCUCACCCUGGAGGGGGCUGUGGAUCAGGUGAACUCUUGCAUCUCAGACAAGGGCAACGACCUGAAGCAACUGAGGGAGCAGAUCCGCAGACUGGACGAGAAGCUAGAGAACGACUCACAGGAGCUGGCCAGGGAUGAACAGAAGUGGGCAGCAGAGAUGGAGUCUGUUGACAACCACAAGAAGCUGCUGGAAAAGAACAUCACCCAGGGUUACGAGGAGUCUGUGGAGCAGCUCAAGGCAGCGAGGCAGCAGUAUCACCUGGUUCGUCAGGAGACCGAUGAGCAGCGAAGGACCGUGGCCAAGAACCUGGCCAGCGUGUUCAGCACCGCCACAGACCACCUGGGCAUCGUGGAGAAGUACCUGGAGGACCAGCGUAAGCGUGUGGAGCGUGUGUGUAGCGAGACCCUGCAGGAGGAGGAGGAGGAGCUGCAGAACCUCCACCACAUCAUGGACGGCUUCCUGGACAAGGCCGCUAACAUGCCAAGCUAACAUGCCAAGCUAACAUGCCAAGCUAACAUGCCACGCUAACAUGCCAAGCUGACAUGCCAAGCUGACAUGCCAAGCUGACAUGCCAAGCUAACAUGCCAAGCUAACAUGCCAAGCUAACAUGCCAAGCUAACAUGCCAAGCUAACAUGCCAAGCUAACAUGCCAAGCUAACUGGCUCCAUGUUGGAUUCUUGUGAUAUAGUUUUUUACGGAAACCUUUUCCGACUCCCUGUUUUUAAUACUGUUAUGUACUCCUCGUGUUUAUACUAUUUUAUGUACUAAAAAAUGGUCGCACACACUCGUAACACAACACUCACUCUCAUUCGCACACACACUAUCGCAUUCACGCAAUCACACACACACACUUCCUCUCACCCACACACAUUAAGGCAGUACACACAUGUUUUGUUGACCUGUUUAUUUAUGGCAGCUUCCGAAGUUGUUGACCAUUUGUCUGUGUGUGGUAACAAGAGAUGGUCACUGUCCAUGUAUUGUAUAUAUGUAGUGUGCGCUUCACGUUUAUAACGAUGCACAGGUGUUUAGGCGGUGUGUGUGUGAAGUGGUUUACAGUGGAUUCUCACAACCAACUCUGGUUCAGUGGAGUCUCACAGUAUCCCACGUUUGAACUUCAAAUGUACUUUUCUGGGUUCAUCUUAUUCCUUCCACACCACCUUCUCCUGACUUGUACUGUGUAACAACUUGAUUAAAAACUCUGCUAAAUG